AGUGGGGAAGGAGGACUGAAGACAGGUCUCCCCACACAGCUCCAGGAGCCACAGUCGCAGCCUUGUCCCUCUGUCUGGAACCUGCUCCCGCCUCAGGCCCAGCUGACAGUGAGGGGUGGGUAGGUGAGCUGCGCAAUGGGUUCUGAGCUGGAGACGGCGAUGGAGACUCUCAUCAAUGUGUUCCAUGCCCACUCGGGCAAGGAGGGGGACAAGUACAAGCUGAACAAGAAGGAGCUGAAAGAGCUGCUGCAGACCGAACUCUCUGGCUUCCUGGACGCCCAGAAGGAUGCGGAUGCUGUGGAAAAGGUGAUGAAGGAGCUGGAUGAGAAUGGAGAUGGGGAGGUGGACUUCCAGGAGUACGUGGUGCUGGUGGCUGCCCUCACGGUGGCCUGUAACAACUUCUUCUGGGAGAACAGUUGAGCAGACAGCCCCAGUGGGCCGCGCCCUUCCCCUCUGCCCUGCCGUACCUGCCCCUACACCCUGCUUUCCUUCCUCCCCACCUGCCCCUCCCCAUAGUCCCACCUUUGCCCACCAUCCAACAAGGGCGCAAGAGUAGUGGGCCAGACCUACAACUCGUCUUUCAUUAAAGGCUUCUCUCUCAACA